AUGGGCCUAGCUGAGAGACGUACCAAGCAACGCUUUGGACCAGAUCCUCGCAAUACAAAAUGGUCUCAAGACAAGGACAAGUUUGGUCAAAAGAUGCUAGAAAAGUUUGGCUGGACGGAAGGGAAAGGAUUAGGUGCUAAUGAAGAUGGUGCCAAAGAGCAUAUAUCUCUAAAGUUCAAACAGGACAAAAUUGGUAUUGGAGCUGGAAAGAGAUCAGGAAACAAUUGGCUCGAUACAAAUACCGCAUAUUCAGACCUGUUGGCCUCGCUAAACCAGAAAAUGGCUGAUGCAGAGAGUCCUACUGCGUCAGAAACAACACCUGUGGAAGAACAGGAAGAAACACCAGAGAAGCCGGAGGUUCCUCGAUUUGGAAGACUCUAUCACAGGCAAAAGUUUCUUCGCAACAAAACCGUGUCAAACUAUGAUGCUGCUGAUCUCAGUAUGAUUCUUGGUACAAAACCAACAGAUGCUACUGUUACAGUAGAAAUAGAAGUGUCUGAAAUGACACGUCAACGUCCAGUCGAUGAUUGGGAAGAUAGACCUGCAUUACGAUCAUCGUCGUCUUUAAGGACACUCCAAGCCUUUACAAAGUCAACCACUCUAUUCACGAGCGAACUCGAGGUUCCAACCGAUGACAUAGAGCCCGCAGCAGUAGAAGAACAGCUAGACACACCACCGACAGAGCUCAAAAAGAAGAAAAAGAAGAGAAAAGCAGAGUCUGAACCAGAGCCUGUAAUAGAGUCAGAGGAGCCCGAGAGCAUCUUGAAUGCAGUACGAGAGGCUGUCAAACCACUCAAGAAGAAGAAACAAAAAACACAGAGUGUCUAG